AUGGGCAGUCUGAAGGACCUAGAGGUCCUGGACUUCAACCAGAACUGCUUCAAUGGAUCAAUACCAGAAGCAUUAGGCAACCUGUCUCAGCUCUUCUACCUUGAUGCAAGCAAGAAUCAGCUCACUGGAUCAAUAUUUCCAGGAAUAAAUAUUUGCCUACAGGAAUUUGAUAUAUCAGAUAACAACUUCAAUUCGGAACUCCCAGCAUCUAUUGGUGAGCUGGGAAAUCUGACUGUCCUGGUUGCAAUGAGAGCAAAGCUCAUAGGCAGCAUACCAAAAGAACUUGGUAACUGCAAGAAGCUUACUCACCUGCGUCUGUCCUUCAAUGCCUUCACUGGUUGUAUGCCCAAAGAACUUGCAGGUUUAGAAGCUAUUGUCCGUUUUGAGGUGGAAGGUAACAAUUUGUCAGGUCAUAUUGCUGAUUGGAUUCAAAACUGGGGAAAUGUUGUAUCUAUAAGACUGGGAAAUAACAAGUUCAAUGAUUCUAUACCUCCUGGCAUAUGUCAAGCCAACUCUCUUCAGUCACUCGACUUGAAUUUUAACAAUCUGACAGGGAGUAUCAAGGAGACAUUUAUAAGGUGCAGGAACCUUACUCAACUGAAUUUGCAAGGCAACCAUUUCCAUGGUGAGAUACCAGAAUAUUUGGCUGAGUUACCGCUCACAAUUCUGCAAUUGCGCUACAACAAUUUUACAGGAGUCUUGCCUACCAAGUUGUUUAAUUCAUCAACAAUUUUGGAGAUAGAUCUCAGCUAUAGUAAGCUCACUGGCUGUAUUCCAGAGAGCAUUGGUGAGCUCCGCGGCUUGCAGAGGUUGCGGAUGAGCAGUAACUGCUUGGAAGGACCAAUCCCGCCGGCGAUAGGUGCUCUAAAGAAUUUGAAUGAAAUUUGUCUUGAUGGGAAUAGACUAUCUGGGAACAUCCCGCAAGAGCUCUUCAACUGCAGAAACCUAGUCAAGCUAAACCUGAGCUCUAAUAAUCUGAACGGAACCAUCUCGAGAUCCAUAUCUCAAUUGACUUCACUCACUGGCUUGGUUUUGUCUCACAACCAACUCUCUGGUUCCAUUCCUGCUGAGAUAUGUGGGGGAUUCACGAAUCCAUCUCACCCUGAAUCAGACAAGACCCUGAACCUUCUGGAUGUCAGUAACAACAACCUCUCUAGUAAAAUCCCGUCAUCUUGUACUGGGUUUGAAGGAUCAUCGAGCCAACUGAUCUUGUUCAAUGCAAGCAGUAACCAUUUCUCAGGGAGCCUAGAUGGAUCUAUCUCAAAUUUUGCGCAUUUGUCUUCUCUUGAUAUCCACAACAGUAGCCUCAACGGGAGCUUGCCAGCAGCACUCUCCAAUCUCAGUUUGUACUACCUUGAUGUCUCAAAGAAUGAUUUCAGUGGUGCCAUCCCUUCUGGUAUGUGCAAUCUAUCUAACAUUACGUUUGUCGAUUUCUCUGGUAAAAUUAUUGGCAUGCAUAGCUUCUCAGAUUGUGCAGCAUCAGGCAUUUUUGCUGCUAAUAGUACCAGUACCAAUCAUGUGGAGGUUCAUAUACCUCAUGGAGUUGUAAUAGCACUGAUCAUUAGUGGCGCCAUCCUCAUUGUGGUUCUUCUUGUGGUUUUUGUGAGAUGGAUGAUGUUGAGAAACAGGUCAUUACCUCUUGUAUCUGCCAGUGAAUCCAAGGCUACAAUUGAGCUUGAGCCAACCUCCAGUAAAGAUCUCCUAAGAAAAAAGUCAAGGGAACCUCUGAGCAUCAAUCUUUCUACAUUUGAGCAUGGACUGCUGAGGGUUACCAUGGAUGAUAUCCUGAAAGGUACCAAUAAUUUCAGCGAGGUGCACAUCAUAGGCCAUGGUGGGUUUGGGACUGUCUAUGAAGCAGCAUUCCCUGAAGGACAGAGGGUCGCUAUCAAGAGGCUUCAUGGUAGCUACCAGUUCCUUGGUGACCGUCGAUUCCUUGCUGAGAUGGAGACCAUUGGAAAGGUGAAGCAUCAUAACCUUGUUCCCCUAGUUGGCUACUGCGCUCAUGGUGAUGAGCGUUUCCUGAUCUAUGAAUACAUGCAUCAUGGGAGCCUUGAGACGUGGCUGAGGAACCAUGAAAAUACACCUGAAACAAUUGGAUGGCGUGAACGUCUCAGGAUCUGCCUUGGUUCUGCUAAUGAACUCAUGUUCCUCCACCAUGGCUUUGUGCCCCAUAUCAUCCAUCGGGACAUGAAAUCAAGCAACAUUCUAUUGGAUAAGAACAUGGAGCUGAGGAUCUCUGACUUUGGCCUUGCAAGGAUAAUCAGUGCCUAUGACACCCAUGUUAGCACCACCGUCUCUGGCACGCUUGGUUACAUUCCCCCAGAAUAUGCGCUGAUUAUGGAAUCUACCGCGAGGGGAGAUGUCUACAGCUUUGGCGUAGUCAUGCUGGAGGUGCUCACUGGACGGCCACCUACAGGGAAAGAGGUGGAAGAAGGCGGUGGGAACCUUGUCGACUGGGUGCGGUGGAUGAUUGCACGCGGUCGGGAGGGUGAGUUGUUUGAUCCAUGCCUUCCCGUUUCAGGUCUGUGGCAUGAACAGAUGGUUCGUGUGCUUGCCAUUGCUCAGGAUUGCACUGCCGACGAGCCAUCGAAGAGGCCGACCAUGGUGGAGGUGGUGAAGGGACUCAAGAUGGUCCAGCUGAUGAAACAUGAAUCUCACAACCUCCAGCAAUUUGUGGCGCAGCCAUGA